AUGAGGAAAUGUGAUUGCGAGGAGCAAUCAUUGAUGAGAAUGUGGGAACCUGUGACCGUCGGUGCAGAAAAGGCCUAUGGCAUGGUUUGUACCCUAAUAGCUGCGAUUAGGACAUUGUUGCCGAACCUCAAUGGGCCCACCGACUCAGUUAGAAAACUCUAUUGCGGAGUGUGGGAGUUGGUGGUGCUUUAUGCUACACCGAUCUUGAGUGGACAUGAAACAUUCAAUGAAUAUAGGAGAACGAUUAGGAAAGAGACACACUCAAGGUGCUGGGAUUGUGUUGCCGAAGGUGAUGAUGCAGAGCAUACGUUGUUAAGUUGCCCUAGAUGGAUCAAUGAAAGGACAUUGUUGGAAAAUUACGUAGGCGAAAUACUGACAAUCAACAACGUAAUCGACCUGGUUGUCAGUAGCGAGGAGAACUGGGUUAGAUUCCAAGGGAUUUGCCGAAAGAUAAUGAUAGCUAGACAAGAUCAGGAGAGGAACAUGGAGAAAAGAAAGAGAAGAUAG